AGUGUCUCGUCUUUGAAGCUUUUAUUGUGAAAGUCCGGUGCCGGAUGUGAGUGUGCCACGCUGCCGCUAACUUCCCGCGCUGUUCGGUGUUCACUCAUUCUGCAGGUCGGACUCGCAGCGGAGGAACCGGAGAUUCUGCUGCUCUCCGCCACAAAGUAGCGAGAAAACAACGUGGAACCACUGAGAGGAGAGUUGAGGAGGAACCAGGAGAACCCAGCGGGAGAACCCGAGCCGAACCGGGACCAGAGAGCAGCUUUAUCGAUCCGAAGUGAUUGAUCGGUCUCGUGUUUGAUCGGUCACAGGUUGCUGCAGCUCGCUGCUCUUCUCCUUCUAUCGGGACUCCGAGCAGCAAAAACCAGUCAGACAUUUUCCUCCCAGUCAGCCAGUCAGUCCGCUGUUAUUCCUCCCAGUAUGAUGUGGUGUGUGACCAGUUGGCCGGCUGGCAGCAGCGGCUGACUCAACCUUGGAUUUUACUCCUCAAUGGUUUUUUCCUCUUUUUUUUUUUUUUUUGCUCCACUCCAGUUUUUGGCGUCUCUCUCUUUUUUUUUUUUUUUUUUUUUAAGGUGGACUUUGCCCUCGGGGUGUUGUAACCCCCCCCCCCCCCCCUCCUCCUCCUCUAUCAAACUAAAAGCCUCUAUUGAUUCUUCUCUUGGAGUAUUUCUAAACUUGGCUGGAAGUUUUUUUUUUUUGCUCCUCUGAGAGGUAAAAAGUUUGGAAGUGUUUUUUUCCGAGCCUGUGGAAAAAUGGAUGCGGGUAUAGAGAAGGAAUGCAGCGCCUUGGGAGGGCUCUUCCAGCUCAUCAUGAACGACAUGAAGGCCAGUUAUCCAACAUGGGAGGACUUUGUCACCAAAGGAGCCAAACUACAGUCACAGCUCAGGACGACCAUCGUGGUGACCGGAGCGUUCCUCGACGCGUUCCAGAAGGUGGCAGACAUGGCAACCGGGACCAGAGGUGCCACCAAAGAGAUCGGCUCAGCGCUCACCAGGAUGUGUAUGAGACACCGCAGCAUCGAGUCCAAGCUCAAACUGUUCACCACAGCUCUGUCAGAAGGCCUCAUCAGUCCUCUGGAGCUGAAAAUGGAAGAGUGGAAAAAAGUGGCCAGUCAGCUGGACAAAGACCAUGCUAAAGAGUACAAGAGAGCGAGAGCAGACAUCAAGAAGAAAUCAUCCGACACGAUCAAACUGCAGAAAAAGGUGAAGAAAGGGAAGGACGAGGCGCGGGGGCAGCUGGACAGCGCGCUGCAGGACGUCAACGUGCGCUACGGCGUCCUGGAGGAGACGGAGAAGAGGAACGUCUGCAGAGCGCUCCUAGAGGAGAGAGCUCGCUACUGCAGCUUCGUCUCCAUGCUCAAACCGGUCCUGGACCAUGAGAUCAACAUGUUAGGUGAGGUGACUCAUCUCCAGACGAUCCUGGAGGAUCUCACCAACCUGACAGCUGAACCCAACAAGCUGCCUCAGGCCUCAGAGCAGGUGAUUUUGGACCUGAAAGGUUCAGACUUUAACUACAGCUACCAGACGCCUCCAGCCUCUCCCAGCAACACUCUGUCCAGGAAGAGCAGCAUCAGCAGUAACUACCAGUCUGGAUCAGUGAGACAUGUUCCUUCUCUGGACUCCAUCAGCUGUGCUGUUGAUGGAGUACACAUCCAGGACGCUGUCGGCUCCACCAAUCAGCUGGCAGCGGGGGGGAGACGCGGGGGGGCAGAGAACGGCCUGCUGGCCCCGCCCCACAACGCUUACUCACACCACCGGAGAGAGGGCCAGGGCCAUUUCCUGACUUGUACCCAUAAAUGCUCCUCACUUCUUAUAGGAGGCCUUUAUUCUGAAAUCCGUCUAGACUAUCUCUCCUCUCAGUUAGUCUCUAGUUUCCUCUGUAUUUCUCUGUUGAUGGUGACUCUCUCUGGUCUCCUCUGGGUCUGUUGUUCUCUCAGUAGUUUUGUGUUUUCUUGGCUAAACUUCCUUCCUUCUCUUCCAGCUGUGAGGAGAGAGCCUCCCCUCUAUGUCGACUACGAGUCCAUCUCUCUGCACGGAGACGCCGACUCCAUCUCCCUGCACCACCUCCACCACGGGAGCAGCCAGUCCGACUUCGACAAGUCCUCCACCAUCCCGAGGAACUCCGACCUCAGCUUCCAGUUCAGGAAGUUCGCCCAGUCCAAGCGUCCGGCGUCCACCGUCAGCCUGCUGGCCGAGCCCGAGCUGCUGGGCCGCUCCGCCCGCCAGCUGCCGUCCCACACCGCCACCAUCAGGCGCAAGCCGUCGUCCAAGCCGGCGUACCGGCGGGGCACCAUCAGCGGCGGCGUGCCCAUCCCCAUCAGCACGCCGCAGGUCCCCCUCAAAGCCCUGGCGGGGAACGGCGGCGGCAGCGAGGAGAACGUGUUCGCGGCGCCGUCUGGCGGAGGAGCCGGAGGUUUAGCUUACAGUAAACUCUGCACCUCCACCCAGAGCCUCAGCGCCUUGCCUCCUUCCUCCUCCUCCUCCUCCUCCCCGUACUACCAGCUGGUCCCGGGCCAGAUGCCCAUCCCCGUGCCCGGGCCCACCGUCCCCUCCCUGCCACAGGAGGGCAGCAACAGCAAACAGCAACACCUGCAGCAACAGCAGCACAUCAACCAACACGUCAACCACCAUCAGCAACGCAGCCAGCUGCAGCAGCACAACCAGCAACUCCACAUUCAGCAGCAGCAACAGCAGCAGCAGCAAUAUCUCCAUCAGCAGCAACAACUACAGCAACAGCUUCAGCAUCAGAAGCAACUACAGCAACAGCAGCAUCUACAGCAACAGCAGCAACUUCAGCAACUACAGCAACAGCUCCAACACGACCAGUACCAGGAGCAGCUGAACCAGCAGCAGAAACAGAAGCUGUUCCAGCAGCACCACCAGGUCCAGAUGCAGGUCCAGUCCCAGGGGGAGGCCUCCGGUCUGGGCCACCAGCAGCCCCAGGCCCCGCCCCCCUCCAGCCACACCCAGAACCAGAACCAGGAGCCGCUGGUCCCGGAGGGAGGAGGCAUGCUGAACCAGAUCAGAGCCGUGAAGCUCAAACGGACCCAGACCAACGACCGCUCCGCCCCCCUGCUGCCCCCGCCCACCAACCACUAAUGAGGCUGAUGCUUUUAGUUUCCUGCUGGUUAAACUGUUUCAGUUUUAGUUUAACGGAACAAAUCAAACAGACUUCCUCAGAUUGUGAACUGAUUCAUCGCUGGAACUCCACGUGUGUCUUAUUUUAUGUUCUGCUUCCUUUUAGGCCC